CUUUCCAAGCAGCCUCCGUGUCUCCAGUGUCUUUUCCCCCACUUGGAGCCGAACCCAGAAGGACAUUUCUUCCCACAGUCGGUUCAGAGAGAAGAUGGGCUGAAGGUGGCCACGGAGGUUCUCCCUCCAGGAGAAGGACUCAGGUGGGCUGCCAUCUUUAGCUCCCCUGCACCAGUUGGGUUCCUCCUGGCAGUCAAGAGGCCACCCGGCUGCCUUUUCUGACCUCCAAGCCAAUUCCAGGCAGGGUCCCACGGCAGGGUUGAGGCACAGGUCCACCUGGCCUGGACCUCACCUCUAGCCAAGCUGGCUACCCAGUUGUGGGAGCCUCCCAGCUCCUCCUCCUCCUCCUCCUCCUCGGUGGGGAAACCUGUCUGGGCAGGGCUUAGUGGGGAGUCCACUCAGCUGCUGGGAGAGGCUCCUGUCAGAGUCGGCAUCCAGGCAGCCCCGCCUGUUGGGCUCUUUAAAUCUAGCCUGGCCGGGCUGUGGGGCUCAGACGCAGAAACAGCACCUCCCGCAGCAGCAUGAUCUCCCAGGAGCUCCUCCUUGCCCUCACUCUGCUUGUCCUGGGCACCCAGGCGGCUUCCUUGGCUGGCAAAGAGGACCAAGCCAAGGAGGGCUACUGCUACCACCUGCCUCCCUUGGGGGACGUCUUCGACAGCCAGGACUGCAGCGCCUGCCAGAAGAACGCCUCCUGCUCCACCUGUGCCAGGGAUGACCAGUGCCCAGGCACCCAGAAAUGCUGCCCGGGAGACUGUGGCUACGUCUGCGAGGACGCCAUUAUGGGUGAGUUGCCCUCUCAGCCCAGCCUUUCCCCGUUUCUUCCCAUCUGGAGGGAAGCCUUUAAGACGUGCUUGGAGGGCUCCUCCUUUCAGCCCAUCCCAUUUUGGUAG